AUGAAGUCCCUUCAAGUUGGGCAAGCACAACAAGACUCCGGGAGUCACACUGAUGGAAUUGAUAAGGUUUCAGACAAAAGUAUUGUGAUUCCCAACAAAAACACAACAGUAGUUGAUAGCUUCAAAGGAGAACACUCCUGGUUCAUUGCUCCUCAAAUCCCAACAGACUUUUUAAUUCAAGUCCAGGAAAUCACUUAUAGUGUUCACAAGUACCCCUUGUUAUCAAAGUGCGGUUACAUAGGAAGAUUGGAAAUUCAGCCUUUGAUCUCAAAUUCUGGCAAUGCUAUCAAACUUGAAAACUUCCCAGGUGCAUCUGAAACAUUUGAAACAAUUCUUAAGUUCUGUUAUGGCCUCCCUGUAGACUUCAGCCCAGAUAACAUAGCUGCACUAAGAUGUGCAGCAGAGUUCCUAGAGAUGAGUGAAGAACUAGAAGAUGGAAAUCUCAUUUCCAAGACUGAAGCCUUCCUGACCUUUGUUGUGCUUUCUUCAUGGAAAGACACCAUCACUGUUCUGAAAUCUUGUGAAAACCUGUCUCCAUGGGCUGAAAACCUCCAAAUUGUAAGAAGAUGCUGCGACUCCAUAGCAUGGAAGGCUUCCAAAGAUGAUCUAACAAGUGAGGAUGCAGCACCAAAUCAAGAAAGCUGGUGGUUCAAUGAUGUGGCCACCUUCCGCAUUGACCAUUUUAUGCGGAUCAUCUCAGCAAUAAGGGCAAAGGGAACCAAACCAGAGAUCAUUGGUAAGUGUAUCAUGCAAUAUGCCAUGAAAUGGCUGCCAGGAAUGGAUAUGGAGAUAGAAGGAUUAAGAGGAUACGGACAUGAAAAGUAUAACCUACAGUUCAGUAUUUUUAGUGGGAAGAAGAAAGAAAGCAGUGGGCACAGCAAGGAGCAAAAGACAAUUAUUGAAACCCUAAUAAGCAUUAUUCCUCCUCAGAAAGAUGCGGUCUCAUGUAAGUUCAUGCUGCAGAUGCUAAAGAUGGCCAUGAUGUAUACUGUAUCACCAGCUCUCACAACAGACCUGGAAAAGAGAGUGAGUAUGGUGUUGGAAGACGCUGAGGUGAAUGAUCUUCUAAUCCCAAGAUAUCAAAAUGGAGAUCAAGGAAAAACAGUCACUAGCGCAACUAAUACUUCUGAAGAAUGCACCAUGUUAGACAUAGAUGUAGUGCAACGAAUUGUUGAAUACUUCUUGAUGCAUGAACAACAGCAGAUGCAACAGCAACAGAAGACUAGGAAAUUCAAUAUUAGUAGGCUCUUGGACAAUUACUUAGCUGAAAUUGCAAGAGAUCCAAAUCUUUCAGUCACUAAAUUCCAAGUUUUCGCUGAGUUGCUCCCUGAAAAUUCUCGAUCAUAUGACGAUGGUCUGUAUAGAGCCAUAGACACCUACCUCAAGACCCAUCCUUCACUAAGCGAGCAUGAUCGUAAAAGACUCUGCAAAAUCAUGAACUGUGAAAAACUAUCACUUGAUGCAUGCCUUCAUGCUGCACAAAAUGAGAGAUUGCCCCUAAGAACUGUUGUCCAGGUUCUAUUUUCAGAGCAAGUAAAAAUAAGGUCAGCAAUGCAAGAGAAGGAGCCAGCACAGAGUGGAAUUCAAUCAGAACAAGAAGGAAACCAGACAUCUGCCACUAUGGACAUUAAGUCACUCAAAGCAGAACUUGAGAAUGUAAAGUCCAAAAUGCUAGAACUACAGAAUGACUACUUCGAAUUACAACAGGAGUAUGAAAAGUUAAGCAACAAGCCAAAGAAUUCAUCAGGCUGGAUUUUAAAUUGGCGGAAGAUGAAGAACUCCUUACAUACAAAACCAGCAGGAGUUGAAAUUGGAGAAAGACAGGACACACCCAAGUCACCAAACUCCAUUCUACGUAUACUAAACCCUAGAAGAAGGGUCUCCAUGUCUUAA